CAGUCGGCCCUCAUCCGUGGCCAGUGCAACACCUUAAAAAAAUAUUAAAAAAAUCUUUGUUAUCAUCCUAUUAUUUAUUCCACGGUCCGGUAACAGUUGAUAGUUUAGAUAGAUAUUUAUUAGAACGGUUUGAAAUUUUAUUCGUUUGUGACAAAAUUGUUAUCUAUUGACGAGUGUACGGUUUUGCUAAAAUUUUCUGUGAUUCAAAAACACUUAAGACAAGUGAUGACUGUGUAUUGAUAAGGAUUUUGAAAUCAAAAUAACUACACGUGCAUUAAGAGGUAUUCCAGUAAAAAUGCAUUUAGUGUAAUAGUUUUUAAUUAUUUGUGAAAAAUGUGGAAGUGUAAUACAAUAAUCAUAAUUUUGGUGGUGGUCAUAUGCACUUGUGAGGCUUGGCGAUAUGAUAGAAAACCAAAGGUUUACGGUGACAAAAUACCUUUACGAGGCCUAACUCCUCGUUUUAGAGCUUUACAAAAGAAAAUAGUCCUUUAUCAUAAUUUCUUUAGGACGAAAGUUGAUCCUCGGCCUGCAAACAUGCUUAGGAUGACAUGGCACAAAGGAGCAGCUCGAGCAGCCCAACGAUGGGCAGAUCGAUGUCUACUUUUAACCCACGAUGACGCAAUGGGUCGCUGGGACGAAGACUUCGGAAGUUGUGGCCAAAAUAUAUUUGUUUCUUCACAACAAGUACCAUGGUUCUUUGCAAUGAAGACAUGGUUCUUGGAAAAAAAUAAUUUCACCUAUGGUUCCUCUGGAAAUAAAUUAGAAGUCAUUGGACAUUACACACAACUCGUAUGGGAUUCCACUCACAAAGUGGGUUGUGGAUUUGCAAAAUGCUUUAGAGGAGGACCAAAGGAUAAACCAUACUACAAUUACGUUUGCAACUACUGUCCAAUUGGGAAUGCCAAAGAUCGUUUAGAAAGACCCUACAAACGUGGUGAAUUUUGUGCAUCUUGUCCAGGCCAGUGUCGUGUCAAAAAACUCUGCACAAAUAGUUGCCCAUAUGCAGAUUUGUGGAUAAACUGCCGAGAACUGCAUGCGACUUGGGCAAAUUGGCUUUGUAAUACGGAGACACCUCAGGGUAGGGAUCGAAGGCACAACUGCAGGGCGACUUGCACAUGCAAAGGAAAAAUUUAUUGAAGGAAUUAAAAAAUUGAGAUUGAAUGAUUUAUGCUGGUUGAAUGAUUGUUUUUAAAGGUAAUAAAAAAUUGCCUGCAAGAGGUAGAGGAGUGAUUCGCAAAAAAUAUGGAUCAUUAUAUUGAUUGUGUGGACAGCAUUUAGGGAGUAUAGAUUUAAAAAUCAAAUAAAAUGAAAACAUUUUUUUUGAUACUCUGGAAGUACUUGUUGAAACAUUUUAUCUUGGUCAUCUAAGUUUUCCAAAUUUUCAUGAAACAAUUAUAAAUUUAUUUUAUAUUUCAAUUAACCAACAUUGUUGCAGACUAUGAUACAUUUUUAGAGAACUACUUUUAGUUUUAAA